UGACGUGACAGUUGGUUUGUUUGAUUAGGCUCUCUCUUCUCUCGCUAGCAAUCUGAUAUUGCUUGCAAAAUAAAUAAAAAGAACAAGUGAAAUUUAUUUGUAUAUAUAUUUAUAUCAGAAAACGUGAGCGUUGCAUACAUGCAACUUGUUUGGCGCGGCGCAGCUGGAGGCAAAGUAAGGACAGCGGCGAGAGUGUAACGAGCAAUUGGGAUUUGGAGCACGCAGGCUGUUGGUGAAAUUUUGUUGUUGGAGCUGCCUCAGCCAGCGCCACCCCCUGCCUCAAGCAUAUAUACUACACAAGCACACACAUGAUGCUGUGUAUACAAUAUUAGCACUUAUAGCGAACACACGGCAGGAAUAUUUAUGCUUUUGUAAACAAAAGAAAGAGCGCCAGCGAAACUAUUCGAGGUCAACAAGAGUAAAUUUUUCCAACGAACUUGGGCCUCAGCUGGUGAAUGCAAAGAUUCCAGCUGUCAGUUGAACACAGCGCUUGCAAUGGCAACAAGUCAAAGCGAAUACGAGCAGCAGGAAGCUUCAGCGCAGGACCAGGCAGCGGCAAUGGCAACGGCAACGGCGACGGCAACGGCCAUGACGUCAACAGCCCAGCUGCUGAGGCAGCGUUUGGUAAAUGGCGGCACCGGUCACGAGACGUUGGCGUCUGCGACGACGAACGGCAAAACAGCUUCAGUAAUUAACACCAACGAUUACAGCUCCGGCACGUUUAUGAAACUGAAAACCUAUUUGCUGGCCUUGCGUCCUUGGUCACUGUCAGCCAGCCUGGUGCCGACACUGCUCGGUUCCGCGCUGGCCUAUCGAUCGCAAUGGUCGGCCGACUUUUCCAUGCUCACAUUUUUUCUCACCGCCUUCACUGUGGUCACCGUGCACUGUGCCGGCAAUGUGGUCAACACGUAUUUCGAUUUCAUCAAAGGCAUCGAUAAACAAAAGGCUGACGAUCGUACUCUGGUCGAUCACAUACUCACCAAGGAUGAGGUGGUUUCGCUGGGCGCUAUUCUGUAUAUGGCCGGGUGCGGUGGCUUUGUGCUGCUCGCCGUGCUGAGUCCAGCUAAAAUGGAACAUUUGGCGCUGAUCUACUUUGGCGGACUAUCGUCGAGCUUUCUAUAUACUGGCGGUAUUGGUUUCAAAUACAUUGCCCUCGGCGAUCUGGUCAUCUUGAUAUUGUUUGGGCCCAUUUCGGUGCUAUUUGCGUUCAUGUCGCAAACGGGCCACGUAGACUGGACAACGAUGGGCUAUGCCAUACCACUGGCCCUUAACACAGAGGCAAUUCUGCACAGCAAUAAUACGCGCGAUGCGGAAAGCGACGGCAAGGCGGGCAUCGUAACGCUGGCCAUACUCAUCGGACGCACUGCCUCCCAUGUGCUAUAUGCCAUGCUGCUCUUUACACCCUACUCACUGUUCUUCAUUUUCGGGCUAAAGUACUCGCUGUGGUUCCUGCUGCCGUUAAUAACCCUGCCACAGGCGUUUCAAAUCGAGAAGAGGUUCCGCAACGAGCAGACAAUGCAUGUGGUGCCCAGGCAAACGGCCAAGCUGAACUUCUUCUUUGGGAUACUCUACAUUGUGGCCUGCUGCUGUGCCCAGCAGCUGCCGACGUUCGCUUGGCGGAAGCACUAGAGAUAUAGGAGAUGAUGAUGAUGGCAACGAUUUAUAAAACUGCUGCAACAUUUUUAGGGAAUUUCAUUAGUUGUAUAUGUGUUUAUUUUUUUGGUUCAUAGUGAAUGUGGUUAUGAAUAUUGUAAUUGUAAUUGUCUCAAGUUUGCUGUUGCACAAAUUUUGAAUGCUUUGCUAGUCUCCUAGUCCCUAACACUUAACUAUAAUCCUAGAACUGAACAUAUCCCCCAAAAGCUCAGUGGCCCAGGCAGCUAAUACGAUUGCGUAUUACCUGCCUGUGAACUAACUGAACUCACUUUAUUUAUUUCACCUGAAAUUCAAACUCAAGCGAACCCCAUAGUUUUUAUAUACCAUAUAUAUAUAUAUUUAUAAUACGUACUCUUCCUCUCGCGCGUUGGAAUCAUGGACCAAGAUCGUUAAAGUGUCGGCGUGUGUGCAACAAUAUUAAAAUCAUCUAAUGGCUUAGAUAUAUGAAAAGUUAA